AUGUCUUCUCAAAACUGUUCUAGUUCUCUGUCACUGAAAGACAUAUUUGAAAAUGGAUUUCUGAUUGGUGCUUCUGGUUACAGCAUCUCUCCGGGUAGCAGCUGUUUCCUAGAAAUGAGCAGCAUCCCCCAGCCUGAUGCAUGUGACAGUGCAAGCAAGAUGCAGAAUGUGACAAAGGGAAGCUCUCUGGCUCUAAAGGCAACAGACUCCUCCAUCAGCAGCACAAAGGAGAACCUGCAGGCCUCAUCGGAUGCUCUUGCAUCUUUCUGCAAGACUCCCAUCCAGCCAUGUGCCUUUGACUUGUCAAGCUCAAGCUCUGCAAAUGACAGCAAAACCAAUUACACAGAGGGUGUGUUCCACAAUACCAAAUCUUCUACUCCAUGCAGGGAAGAUAAUCCCUCUAAACCGACAACUGAGAAUAUGUCGAAGAGCUCUGAAAUAAAUGAUGUUGCAGUCUUCAAGAAGCCGCCACCGCCACCACCAAUAUUGGAGAUCUCUGGAAUACAAGCCACUCUGGGCAAUGUACUUUCUCCAGAAGCAAGCUUAGAAGAAUUUGGGUCCCUGGGCUCUGUGAAGCUUGAUACACCAUCUCUGGAGAUGUCAAACCUUGCCAUGCCUCUGGGUGGUGGUAGUGCUGUGUCUGUUACUAUUACAAGACACUAG